AUGAAUCUUUCAUCAUCUGGGUUUGGUCAUCAAAGUCAUGAAGGAGAAAAGAAGUGUUUGAACUCAGAGCUAUGGCAUGCUUGUGCUGGACCAUUGGUCUCUCUUCCAUCAUCUGGUAGCCGUGUUGUCUAUUUCCCUCAAGGUCACAGUGAACAGGUUGCUGCUACGACUAAUAAGGAAGUUGAAGGUCACAUACCCAAUUAUCCAACUCUACCACCACAACUAAUAUGCCAGCUCCAUAAUGUUACUAUGCAUGCAGACGUGGAGACGGAUGAGGUGUAUGCUCAAAUGGUACUUCAACCAUUGACACAGGAGGAGCAGAAGGAUACGUUUGUACCGAUUGAGUUGGGAAUCCCAAGUAAGCAACCUAGCAAUUACUUCUGCAAGACGCUCACAGCUAGUGAUACUAGUACACACGGAGGGUUUUCUGUACCUAGACGCGCUGCUGAGAAAGUCUUUCCUCCAUUGGAUUACACACAGCAGCCACCAGCACAAGAGCUGAUUGCAAAGGAUCUCCAUGACAAUGAAUGGAAGUUUAGGCAUAUCUUUCGGGGUAGGAAUGAAAGGAAUCAACUCCUUUUGGGGAUUCGUCAUGCCAGUCGGCCACAAACUAUUGUACCAUCGUCUAUGUUAUCUAGUGAUAGCAUGCAUAUUGGACUCCUCGCUGCAGCUGCUCAUGCGGCUGCGACUAAUAGCUGUUUCACAGUGUUCUAUCAUCCAAGGUCUAGCUCAUCUGAGUUUGUGCUACCACUUCCCAAGUACAUUAAAGCUGUUUUUCACACGCGUAUUUCAGUCGGCAUGCGCUUUCGUAUGCUCUUUGAGACAGAAGAGUCAAGUGUUAGAAGGUACAUGGGUACUAUAACUGGCAUUGGUGAUUUGGAUUCUGUACUUUGGCCGAACUCUCACUGGCGGUCUGUGAAGGUUGGUUGGGAUGAGUCGACCGCUGGAGAAAGACAGGCAAGGGCUUCUUUAUGGGAGAUUGAACCUCUUACCACUUUUCCCAUGUAUCCAUCACUCUUUCCUCUCAGGUUAAAGCGUCCUUGGCAUCCGGGUGCUUCGUCAUUUCAAGAUAGCAGAGGUGACCUAACAUGGCUUAGAGGUGGCGCUGGAGAGAAUGCACUGCUUCCCUUAAACUAUCCGCCUGCUAAUGUAUUCCCAUGGAUGCAACAGAGGCUCGAUCUCAGUCAACUAGGAUCUGAUCAGAACCAGCAGUACCAAGCAAUGUUGGCAGCCGGUUUGCAAAACUUCGGAGGUGUUGGUGAUCCUCUGAGACAGCAGUUUGUCCAGCUCCAAGAGCCAAACCACCACCAAUAUCUUCAACAACAAUCAGCUGCCAUCCACAAUUCCGAUUUGCAGCAACAUCACCAAGCACCAUCACAGCAGCAAAUCCCACGUCAUCUUCUGCAGGCUCAGACGCAGAUUCUGACUGAGAACCUUCCUCAGCAGAAUAUGCGGCAAGAAGUUAGCAACCAAGUAGCUGAGCAGCAGCCACAACAACUAGACCGUGUGUGGCAGCAUUCUGAUUUGCUUUCACCUUCUUUCAUGAAAUCAGAUUUUACCAACAAAUUCACAUCAGCAGCUAAUCCAUCAGUACAGCAACAAAACUUGACCACCCUUCAGGGAUCUGGAGAUAGUAGCAACUUGUUGAAUUUCUCUAUAACUGAGCAGUUACCGAGACAGGAUUGGUCUCUAAAACACUCUGAUCUUGAAACCAACUAUUUCUCUGAGCCAUUGUCGCUUGGACAAGGCUACGGUAGAGCAAGUCCAUCUCUGGAACCUCCAAACCUCUCACUAUUUGGUGUUGAUUCGGAUUCUGGACUUUUCCUCCCAACCACGGUUCCUCGUUUUGGUAAUCUGUCAGCAGAUGCUGAUACCUCCUCAAUGCCACUGACAGAUUCUGGAUUUCAGAACACAUUGCAAGAAACUCCCGAUGGGGUUGAACACACAAGGAACUUUGUUAAGGUUUAUAAAUCUGGAUCGGUGGGGAGAUCACUGGACAUAUCAAGGUUCAGCAGCUAUCAAGAGCUGAGAGAAGAGUUGGGUAAAAUGUUUGACAUCAAAGGGUUGUUGGAAGACGCCUUUAGAUCAGGCUGGCAGCUUGUAUUCGUGGACAAGGAGGAUGAUAUUCUUCUUCUCGGCGAUGAUCCUUGGGAGUCAUUUGUGAAUAGCGUUUGGUACAUAAAGAUACUGUCGCCAGAUGAUGUGCACAAAAUGGGUGAACAUGGGGAAGGAUCGUCCUUCCCACAGAACCUGUCCCAUUUCUGAUAAAUCUCAUCUCUUUCGGGGGGCAUCAUCAUCUCUUUCCCCCUUGGUUAUCUGUUUAAUGUCUGUAUGAAUUGUAUCAUUUGGCAAGUUGACUCUUAGAAACUUAAAGACAUUUGUCUCGACGCAAUGUCUUAAACUAAAACAUGUUCCUUUGCUAGUCUUUAUCAACUUGUUGUAAUAAUUAUACUCUUCCCUUG